AUGGAAGUCCAAUCCAGCUUUCUGACCGAUUAUUUCAAUCAACUCUGGUUGUACCGAACCAAACGACAAUUUCGUGUCGCUCUCAAAUUCUUCAUCACUUCCUGCGUGUUUUUGGUCCUCGAACCGGGAUUGCUAUGUCCGAUCGAUAAACAAGCUACAAACUACUAUCUUUACCUGUUAUUUGGGUUCUAUAUUUUUAUCUAUUUGGCCACCUUUCGGACGUGGACUCACACAAUCUACACGUAUAUGGGGUUAGCCACAGGUAUAAUCAAUCUGAGCAUACACUUUGUGCUGCGAUGCUACAGUGCGUCCGGGAACCAUGUGCCCGUUUCCCUUCUGUUUACAGGAAUAUUGGCACUUUUUGUUGUGCUUCCAAUCUGUCUGGAACUCGUAUUAUCUCUCACGUUAUUGUACUUUGUCGUCCUUGGACAGUUAAAUCAAAUGUACGAGCGAUCGUUGAGGUCGCGAAACAUCUCGUCCAUAGAUGGUCCACUAAGGGUGGAGAAUUUGCCCACAUGGUUCACGUUCGAUCUGAGUCGUGUGAUACACAUGUAUCAUCUUGGUGCGAAUCGUUCGAACAAGGUAGUUUACAUGCGAUGUUUUUUGUGGGUAUUGGUUAUAUUCAUCGGUUUGUAUGCACGAUUUUGGAACACGUUACGAAAACGAUUUGCCUUUUUGAAACUCGGCACGAGCGUCCAAGCAAGGUGUCAAACGAACCGGGCGCAUGAGGGGAGUUCCCACUGGAUAGAGACCAUUAUGCCGAAACACGUGAGUGCGGAAUACCAACGAUUGCGCCGACUCCACGAACAUCACGACGUGUCCGAGUGGUUCUACAUGCAAACAUUCGAUUGCAUCUCGAUCAUGUUUGCCGAUAUUGUUGGGUUUACCAAUAUGAGUUCGAAGUUGACCGCACUUCAAAUUGUCGUCAUACUGGGCGACUUGAUCAAACAAUUUGACGAGGUGUGUGAAUCCACACGUUGUGAGAAGUUGGGCACGUUGGGCGAUUGCUAUUAUUGUAUGGCUGGUGGACAAGACCCGAAUCAACCGCAUGCCAUGUGUUGCAUCGAGAUGGGUUUGGCUUUGUGUGAAAUUUUGCGCCGAUUCAACGAAGAAAGCCAACAGUCGGUCAACAUGCGCGUGGGCAUUCAUACGGGGAUUGGGCAUGCGGCCAUCUUGGGCUGUGAUCGCUUCCGGUACGAUGUCUACUCGUACGAUGUCCGUAUUGCCAAUGAGCUGGAGUCAACCGGUCGACCUGGUUUUAUCCAUAUCAGUCAGUCCACUUACGAAGAGGUGAAGGAUAUGUAUGUGGUCGUCCCCGGUCCCGAUUUGGUUGUGGACAAACGUGAGCAUUCGUUUUUGUUCGAACAGACUGCCGCCAAGGUCAACAUACCGACCUACUUUAUUCAGGCUCGAGAAAAUCGUGUGUCCAGAACCAGCAGUGUGUACGAAAAGUACGCACAGUCAAGGAGACGGACACACCGUCAAGUUGCGAGUGACCAAUCGGAACCGAGUGCACUCAACUGGAGUUCCAUCAGUUCAAACGAAACCACUGAUCAUUCAAGUUCCAGUUCGGAAUCGGACAUUCUGGAUCCCGGCGUCGAAUGGCUUGAGUUCGAACUAUCCCCGGAGGCGUUGGCAGACAUCAAACUAAGUCAUCAGACCAGCGCGAUGCAUUUGCGUCGUGAUAUCGAACUGAUCCAGGAUUUACGAACCGACCCGGCCAAACAGCAUUUGCUGUUCCAAGCACCCCCAUUGGACGGGGUACUUUUGCGCUUCCUCAAUAUGGAAAUCGAAUGGCACUAUCAGAUACAAAAACGGUUCCGCAUUGGUCCGACUUUCGUGGACUCGGAAAAAUUGGCUCAAGUGAUGGAUGCUUUUGUGUUCUUUCUCAUCAAUCUAAUGAUGUCCACCUUCGGCAUGUUGGUUGUCCCGAAAUUCGGACUGGCCUUCUUCUAUGUGAUCACAUUCGCUCUCUCCUGCUUCCUUCUGUUCACAGCAAUUUUCACCGGUACAACCUAUCCAGACCGAAUCAAAUCGAAAUGGUUACGCAAAUAUUAUCAGCUGUGUACCAGACAAAUUGUCUACGAACUGCUCACAGGUCUGUUCACGUGCUUGCCCACUUUGAUCAUUCUGAUCUAUCGUCACACGUUUUUCACGUUGGAGCGACCGGAAAUUCGAAUGUGGUGUUUCAGUUCGUUCAAUCUCGUCGCUUUGAUUGUUCACUGUAUUCCGUCUUCAUCGGCCUCCUGGGCAAGAUGUACGUGCUGUGUGUUCAGCUACUUUGUCCUGCUCGUGCACCAAUUCGUCCACAUCACUGGCACGCAAAACCUUCCACUAUGUCUGCACAAAAUCAUACUGUUCAACGGACUACCUCUGGACCGGUGGUCGUACGUGCAACAGUUUGAACAAUUUCUCUGUUUUUUCCUAGUGAUGCAACUCACACGUGAGACCGAACGGAUUUGCAAGCUUUGUUUUUUCGUACACCGUGAGGCUCAAAUCGAGAGUGAGGCGGCCGAAAAGGCAAUGUCUGAGGCUAACGAGCUCCUGUUCAACAUUGUUCCAGCCUAUGUGUUUGAGGAACUUCGCGAAGGCGGUAAAGAUGAUCUAUUCAACCCACAGGUCACACUACACUAUGCGGUCGCUCAUCCAAUGGUCGGUGUCGCUUUCGUGUCCGUCGCCAAUUUUUUCUCACAAAUCUAUCGCGAGGAUUUGGGAGGCGCAGAACGCUCGCUACAUUUGUUACACACAAUUAUUUGCACGUUUGACAAACUACUGAGACAUCCGGAUGCAAAACACGUGGAAAAGAUCAAAUCAAUGAACGAAAACUACAUGGUUGCGUCGGGGUUGAACCGCAAAGAAAUAGAGCAGAAUGCGGACAAAAUGCGUCAUUUGUGCACUCUGAUGACCUACUGUUUCAUGCUUCGUAAGGCGCUGUUCGAAAUCCGUGUUUAUGACCGGAAGGAGAUGGGAUUUCUGCGAGCCAAGAUCGGUUACAAUAUUGGACCGGUGACGGCGGGUAUUAUCGGAACCACCAAGCUGCACUACGAUAUUUGGGGAGACACGGUCAAUGUGGCAAGUCGAAUGUGUUACACCGGAGUCCCCGGGCCGAUUCAAGUAUCAGAAGAUGUGAAAAACAUGUUGAAAGAUCGAUUUCAUUUUGUCUAUCGAGGGGAGUUUUUCGUCAAAGGCAAAGGUAUGAUGAGAACGUAUAUAUGUGAGGAAGGAGAAACCUAG